GCCUGGAUGCCCACAAGUAAGGACUGCUCCUUUCUUCCAUUGAAGAAAGAAUUGAAGACUGGGAGACUCAACCUCCACCAUGUGGAAUACCUCAGAUGCCAACUUCUCCUGCUACCACGAGUCUGUGCUGAACUAUCGCUAUGUUGCAGUCAGCUGGGGGGUAGUGGUGUCUGUGACUGGCACUGUGGGCAACGUGUUCACCCUGCUGGCCUUGGCCAUCCAGCCCAAGCUCCGGACCCGCUUCAACCUAUUCAUCACCAACCUCACCUUGGCCGAUCUGCUCUACUGCACCCUUCUCCAGCCUUUCUCCGUGGACACCUACCUCCACCUGCACUGGCGCACUGGUGCCACCAUCUGCAAGAUAUUUGGACUUCUUCUGUUUACUUCCAACUCGGUGUCCAUCCUCACCCUCUGUCUCAUUGCACUGGGACGCUACCUCCUCAUUGCUCAACCUAAGCUCUUUCCCCGAAUUUUCAGUGCCAAGGGGAUAGUGCUGGUGCUGGUGGGCACCUGGGUUGUGGGUGUGGCCAGCUUUGCCCCUCUCUGGCCUUUUUAUGUCUUGGUACCUGUAGUCUGCACCUGCAGCUUUGACCGUAAGAAAAGUCGGCCUUACAGCACCAUCCUCAUGGGCAUCUACUUUGUACUUGGGCUCAGCAGUGUUGGCAUUUUCUAUUGCCUCAUCCAUCACCAAGUGAAGCGAGCAGCAAAAACACUGGACCAGUACCGGCUGAGGUGGGCAAGCAUUCGCUCUAGCCAUGUGGCUGGGACAGAUGAGGCCAUACCUGGUUGUUUCCAGGAGGUGGACAGUGGGAUAACGUCAAGAGGACCCAGUGACGGGAUUUCAUCUGAGCCAGUUAGUGUUGCCACCACACAGACCCUGGAAGGGGAUUUAUCGGAAGGGAGGGAACAGGGCAACAGCAAGAUAGCCAAGCAGAUGGUAGAGAAAAGACUUUCAGGAACACCUGCCAAAGCCCAGCCAACUACAGGAGCCCAAAAAGCUCAGGACUCUCCGUCAGAGUUUAGGAAGGUAACACAGAUAUGUUUUGCUGUGUUCCUCUGCUUUGUCCUGAGCUACAUUCCCUUCUUGCUGCUCAACAUCCUGGAUGCCAUGGUUCGGGCCCCCCGGGUGGCCCACAUGAUUGCCGCCAACCUCACCUGGCUCAACAGCUGCAUCAACCCAGUGCUCUAUGCAGCGAUGAACCGCCAGUUUCGCCAAGCAUACAGCUCCCUCUUAAAACGAGGGCCCUGGAGCUUCCGUAGGCUCCGUUAGAACUCCAAGCUCCAUCACCAGCAUCCGGGACUGUGUCCCCCAGAGCCAAAGUGGCCAGCUGACAGGAGAACAGGUGAAAGUAAGACCUGUGGUCAUUUUCACAGACAACCCUUCUGUCCCUCAAG